AUGGUUGUGGAGGGCGGUGUGAUUAUGUCGUGCGUCCUGCAGGCGGCCACAGACGCGCGGGCCCGGGCCCUGGGCCCACUCAGCCCCACCUUCAACAUUCACAACCAGCUGAGGGCGGGACUGUCCCUGGUGCUGCCCCCCGACGCCCACGUGCGGGUCAACGGGCGCCUGCUGGUGUCCCUGACGCGGGUCAGCGACGGACGAAACGUCCUCUUGUCCCGCUUCUGGUCCCGCCAGGAGCUGAUUGAGGCCCUGCUCUGCACCUCCUUCAUCCCCUUCUUCUCGGGGUUGCGGCCGGGGAAGGUGCGCGGGGUUCGAUACAUCGACGGGGGAUUCUCUGACAACACCCCCGUGACAAGCCCCGUGGCUGUCACGGUGUCCCCCUUCGCGGGGGAGGCGGACAUUUGCCCCGCGGACAACUCGGCUAGCAUGAUGGCGGAGAGUUGCCACCGUCUGGACGGUGGUACCGAACUUCUCUCCGGUGGGGAGACCGAAGGAGACGGUGACGUUUGUGCCGCACCCUGGGACGUUCUCUUCGUCGUCUGCGACGAAAUGGUUUCGACGUACUUCUCCUGGCUGGAGAAGCUGACUAAGAAGCCGGGGUAG